UCUGCAGCGCGCGCUUGGGGGGACGGUAAGGCUGCACCGUCCUAAACGAAAAAAAAAAAAAAAACGUGAACACGAGAGAGCUCCUUUGCUGUGGGUCGAGGAAUGUGGGAAUGCAAUCCAUGCAGGAGGCCCCCAAGGGUCUGGCUUCCUUGGUAUAUUGCCUUGGCUUCCUGUUUGCCGAACGACCGGUGGUGGUCGGGUUGCUGCGGCCGCGGAGCUCCGGACCUAAGUCCUAUGGACGGGGUGCCCCGGAAUAGGGCGCGGUUCAAGGUCAAUAUAUUUAACAAGGCCAAUGUCCUACUGGCUUCUAAUGCAAAUACUAUGUUCAAAAAAAACAAUACCUUAUCAUGUGGAUGGGUAUAUAAAUUGCUUCGUGGCAGACCUACCAUCUAUUCAGCUCACAAGAUAGGCCAACAUUGUUUGAUUCCUACUGGUUUUGUAAUAGUUGUCGUCGUAUUUCCGUCACGAUUCCCAUGGAAGCCCAGUCUAGGCAAGCAAGCACCCAAGUACUCCUGCAUUUAUGUACAUAUAAGAUCGAGUUGGUUGUAGAUAUGUAUGUUAUAGCUUUGUUGUAGCUAUACUCGGCCCAAGGUGACGCACGCGUCGUUGGCUUCAUUACAUUUUGAUGUGUGCAGUAGGUAGGUUGCAAUGAGGGCAAGAAGAAUAUGUUCUAGCCCCAGGAGAUGAGAUUAUCAUGACGCGCGUAUCUGUAAAUGUGAAUCUU